UAUUGCUGCAUCGUUCGUUACCACAGAGCACAGUGCGAUGGCCAUCAGGAACGCCACCCCGAGGUCCUUGGAAGGGGACAUGACGGUGGAUGAGUUCAAGGAGUGGCUGAAGCGGUUCGACACCGACAGAGACGGCCGCAUAAGCCGCGAGGAGCUGAAACGGGCCAUCCGCAGCAUCCGCGGCCGCUUCAGCGGCUGGAAGAGCAAACGUGGAAUCAAGUACUCCGACGCCGACGGCAAUGGCUUCAUCGACGAGGACGAGUUCGACAACCUGGUGGACUUCGCCCAGAAAAGUUUGGGUUUGAAGAUUGUGUCCUUUUAGUUCUACGUCGCAGUAUAAGUGUCAUCUAUUAUCGUCGUCAUGUUGUCUACGAGCCAUAAAAGCUUUGUAUUGCUAAUUACCGAGCUUGUUCUGUAUGUCUCAAGCUUUGUUUCUCUGGCAUGAAUUCUAUCUACUAUGAGUACAGCAGGCAGUGGGUUCACUGUGA